ACACGCACACAUAUACACACAGAGAGCACGCUUAAUUCUGCCCGUCUGCGCAUGCGCAUGAGGGCGGGGGUCGGGGAGCCCCCGGCACCCCUGUAGAGCCACUGGUCCUCCGGUACUGGCAGAAGUGAUUUGGGGAUAUACGGACAGCACGCGUGAGAGCGGUGGUUCGCGAAUGGGGGGGAAAUGACACAACAAUUGGGAUAAAUGGCCAAGUUUAAGAUGAAAGACUACCGGCACUGGUUGCUUUUUGUUUUGUUUCUUCCUUUAUCAGGUGUUUUAUGUUUCAGUGAGUUGUCCUUCAUCACAGAGCCCAGUGAUGUUACUGCACUACCAAAGGACCCUGUUGUCUUAGACUGUCAGGCUCAUGGGCAGCCUCCAGUCACCAUCAAGUGGCUGAAGAAUGGAGUAAGGUUGGCAGAAAGUGAACACAUACAGUUUCUGCCAAACGGCUCUCUGUACAUACCAAAGAUAAAACAUACCAAGGAGGAAUCAGAUGAAGGAUUUUACCAGUGCCUCUCUCAGAACAAAUAUGGAGCUAUUCUCAGCCAAAGAUCACGUCUGACUAUCGCAACUAUCUCAGAGUUUGUGUUCCAUCCUGUGCCUAUGGUGGUGACUGAGGGUUCAGUGGCACGAUUCUCCUGUGCGGUCACCUCCAGCCCUCCAGCCACCAUCACCUGGGAGCUCAACCAAAGCACGUUACCACUACAGACAGACAGAAUAACAGUAUUGCCCAAUGGAGUCCUGCAGAUCCACAAUGUGCAACUGGAAGACGCUGGACAGUAUCGAUGUGUGGCAACUAACAUCGGUAGCCGUUUAAAGAGUAGAGAGGCCACGCUGACAGUCAACCAAGGUGCAGGCCCUAAACCACGUCAGAGGCCCAAAAUCAUUGCUGGACCUCAGAAUGUCACAGUUUCCCUUCACCAAACUGCGGUGCUGGAGUGUGUGGCCACGGGCAAUCCCUGGCCCAUCAUCUCCUGGAGCCGUGCUGACAGUAAACCUAUUGAUGUGUACAACGCCAAAGUGCUGGGCAAUGGGAACCUGGUUAUUACUGAUGUCAGUUCCAAGCACAGUGGUGUCUACCUCUGCAGGGCCACCACCCCUGGAACCCGCAACUACACUAUUGCUGCGGCCAACCUCACAGUUCAAUUGCCACCAUCCAUUGUGGAGAAGCCUGAGAGCCAGACCCGUCCAAGAGCAGGCACUGCCCGGUUCGUGUGCCAAGCGGAGGGAGUGCCCCUGCCACGCAUCAGAUGGCUAAAGAAUGGGGAAGAGGUUCACUUAAAUGGAAGGAUUAAGAUGUACAACAGUAAAUUGGUGAUUACCCAGAUCAUUCCUGAGGAUGAUGCCAUCUACCAAUGCGUGGCAGAGAGUGAGCAGGGUUCAGUGCUGUCCUUGGCUCGACUUAUUGUUGUCAUGUCCGAGGACAGGCCCAGUGCACCGAGAAAUAUCCAUGCUGAGACCAUCUCAAGCUCAGCUAUCUUACUGGCCUGGGAGAGACCUCUCUACAAUGCAGACAAAGUCAUUGCCUAUUCCAUCCAUUAUAUGAAGGCUGAAGGUCUGAACAAUGAAGAAUACCAAGUUGUUAUUGGCAAUGACACGACCAGUUAUAUCAUUGAUGACCUCGAGCCAGCUCGAAACUACAGCUUUUACAUUGUGGCUUACAUGCCAAUGGGAGCCAGUCGUAUGUCAGACCAAGUCAGUCAACAUACCCUGGAGGAUGUGCCUUUGCGUACCCCAGAGCUAAGCCUGACCAGCCACAGCUCCUCGGAUAUUCAGGUGACCUGGCAGCCACUGCCCGCCAAAGUGAGCCGUGGUCGUUUGUCUGCAUACAGACUAUCCUAUCGUACAGCUGCAGACAACACCGUCACCUCUGUGGAGAUACCUCAGAACAGCACAGAAUAUCUGCUGGAGGGCCUGCAGCCUGACACCAUUUACCUGCUCCGCAUGGCCGCAGCCACCCGUGUGGGCUGGUGUGAGCCCUCUGCAUGGACCUCACACCGUACACCUAAGACCUCCAGCAGCACAGUGCCUUCAGCCCCCAUUCUUCAACUUGAGCCUCUUAACUGCACCUCCAUUGUGGCACGCUGGAAAACAUCCCCAGAAUCUUUGGCUGUUCAGGGUUACCGGCUGUGUUACCAUGAGGAGGGCCAACCAGAGCAGCCCACCAUCCAGCUGCAGGCUCAGGCUGAUACCUACACCAUAAGUGGCCUCGAUCCAAGGAGAAAGUAUCAUGUCAAGAUUCUGGCCGUCAGUCCAGCUGGAGAUGGAUAUCAGACAGACCAAACAAUCAGUACCCCAGGAUGUGUGUCGGCUAGAGACCAACUGGCAGCAUCCCCUCCGCCUCCAGAUCAUGUGACUGUCUUGGCCAGCAAUUCAUCUGCAGCGUCCCUGCGCUGGAGCCGUCCUGCUUUCGCCCCUGGAAAGGCUGUUAGCUAUACAGUCCGUUAUACACCUGUGGGCACUCACAACGCCUCAGCAAUCCGCUACCUACAAACUACCACACAGAGCGUGACAGUUCAGAAUUUGGAUCCAAACACUCGCUAUGAGUUUGUUGUGCGUCUCCAUGUGGACCAGAUGUCAAGUCCCUGGAGCUCUGUGGUUUACCAUCGGACUCUGCCAGCAGCACCAAGCCAACCACCAGCAGGAGUGCGAGUAACUCUGAUCGAGGAUGACACUGCCCUGGUGUCCUGGAGGGAGCCCACAGAGCCCAGUGUGGUUGUUACACACUACACCAUCCUGUACGCUUCGCAGAAGGCCUGGUUGGCUGGACGCUGGCAAAUAAUGCAGAGAGAAGGAAGCCAUACGAUGGCCCUGCUGGAGAAGCUGGAUCCAGGAAACAUCUACCUGGUGAAAAUCUCUGCCUCCAAUCAGGUUGGUGACGGGCCUUUCUCUGACAUUGUGGAACUGGCACCUAGGCGUGGCAACACCCACCGCAGCAAGAACCCCAGACACUCUGACAGCAGCCCGGAUACAACAGUGUUUUCUGAUGGCCGCUACCACAUAGACCAGAGGUCUAUGACAGGGAUCAUUGUUGGUGUGAGCAUUGCCUUGUCCUGUAUCGUAAUGUGUGCCUUGAUCCUCAUCAGUAAGGGCAGACUGAGCAAAUCCUCCAGUCACAAAGUCAUUGCUGUGGCAGCUGCUGAAGGUCCACAUGCUGGAUUGUCCCUGCCCGGUGAACACCUUACAGAGAAUGCUGAGGCCCGUAUACCCAUGAUAAGUGCUCACUUUAUAGAUGCCAAGGGUGGAUCUGACAUGGUCAUAAAUAGUGCCGGUCCAGUCCGCAGCAAGAAUCAAAGCAAGAGGUGGCUGCCUUUUACGAGGGACGUCAUGAAUCCAGCUGAAACUGAUGUUGAGAGCAGAGCCAGCUUGUAUGAGCCUGGCAAAACCGUUCUGAGGUAUGAAGAGCAUUUAGGCUCAGCACCGCUGCCGAAUUCAUCCCGGGAGAUCAUCUAUGGACCUUUGCACUCGGAGAGCUCUCACACCAGCGAUGGCAGCCAAGAGACAGGAGACUCUGGACACUACUCUAACGAAGAAAGCAACGAUGAGAUGAGCAACCCUUCGACCAGCAACAGCUCCAGACCUGAAUCUUUUGGGCCGGACGAUAUUACCACCGAGGCUGAGCUGAAGCAGUCCUUUCAAGUGGAAAAUGAGGAGAUGCUGAGCCGUCCCCUCCAUCACUCUGCCCCUGCUGCUCCCCGGCUCUGCUGCACCACAGAGGGCUCACUUCCUGCCCUGCCCACGUCCCAAACAGUCGGCUCCUGACAACAUCCGGCCCACAGCUACGUCCAGCAGCCGAAGCUAAGCCACUUCUGCCUUGUUUGCUUCCUGAGUUGAGCCUCUCGCUUUUUUCCUGAGGCAUAAGGGAUCAGGAAGCCAGCUGCUGGAGGAAAUGUGCUUUUUUUCUUCGGAUCUACCUCAGGACUUUGUAUGAAUGUUUGUUUCUAACCUUUGUUUUCCCCAUUUUUUUUAACUUUCUACCUGUUCGUCUGUGUUUGGUGUUGUCUGUCCUAAACCAAAGCUCACCCAUGAUGAAUGUUAAAAAGAAUGUCAAAAAUGUACUGUGCUACAUUUUCAUUAUAUUUAAUUACUUUCCACUGGAGCAGAGGGCUUAGUUGAGCCCUUUUGACUUAUUUUCUACCUCCAUGUUCUGUUAUUGUACAUACAUUACUACCUCUUUUCACGACAUGUGGUGCAGUAUUAUCUCGGACUCAGGGGACAAGGUGAAAAUAUUUCAGUGCCAUGUCUCGUUGGGACAUAAUUAUCCAGAGUUCCUCAUUUCUUUAUAUUCUCUGAAUUCUCUUUUAUUUUCACGGUUGAGAGAGCUUUUGUUUCACAUUGUUUGAAUGAUGUAUGUUGUGAAAAGAACAAGUGCAUUAGAUAUUGUCAAACUGCUUGAGCUUUCAUGAUAAAAUAUGGUUUGGCAUUUUCGACGCACUGAACUAAAAGCUUUAAGAUGGCCUUAAAAUCGAAAGGGCUUCGCAUAUUGUAGAAGAUGAGAUGAUCCAAAGACGUGAAAAAAUUGUACCCAAAGAAUUUUUGAUAAUACAAAAGAUAUUCUAAGGCAAACCAAAAAUAUACUGGAUGUACACUUGCCAAAUAAUGUUCUCGCGAAUGAUGUAAAUGUUCCUUAGAAUGGUGGUUUGAAUGCUUUUCUCAGUGUAAAUUUUCUUGAUGCUUUAUUCUGGUGAGAGCUUUAGCACAAGCCUCGCCAGCUUGUGUUCCAUUUGCCUUCUAGACCAUUGCUAAACGCAGCGGCGACACCGAUGCUAUUAUCCAAAGAGUUGUCUCCUUCCUCAGAUGGGUAUGGCUUUUCAUUCAGUGGAUCUUUGGUACUGAGGUGGAAAUUACUGACACAAGACCAAAGAUCCAGCGUGUCCUGCCAGUGAUAGAUGAUGAUAUUUAUUCUUUAUUCAGAGGAUCAUCUGUUACUGUUCACCCAUAUUUUUGUAUGGGGAAGAAUUCUGUUUCUACAUGAUAUUUUCUGUCCAGGUGUGACAAUGAAGGAUUCUGACUAUCAAAAUGGAAACCCUACGUGUGAAGAGCAACAUAAUCAAUUUUUAUAUCUUUGUAAUACAAAUUAUCCUAACCAAAGAAACUUGAAGUCUCUGUUAUUUAGUGAUUUUCUUUGGGUUUCAUUUACAUUAUUUGCAUUUAAAUUUGAUAUGAUUUCCAAUGGUUUUGAUUACUAGAAAGGCGUUUUUACCUUUUGGGGUUUUUUUUUAUAAAGCUUGAGAUGUCAGAAACUGUUCUGCUGUCUUUUUAUCACCAUGAGAUUUCACCUGAAUGAUGCCUAGGUUACAGUGGACAUUUUCAUUUAGAUCCAUUGUCCUUUUAGCAUGUUGUGAACAAAAAUAUUUUAAUGUGACAUUUUUCCUAAAUCUUGUAAGACUGGUUUCAGGUUCAAAAUUUGUCCCUGUAAUGUAUUAAUAUAAAAGGUUAAUUUGAAAGCCACAGGUAAUUUUGCUGACUUACCGUAACUCAGGUGCCAAAUGUAGAUUUAGAGAGUAGACUUAACUGUUAUUAUUUAAGUUAUGGUUUUCUGAUAUUUCUGCUUUUUGAAUACCAAAAUACAACCCUUUAAACCAAAGUGAGCAACAAAACAAAUUAUUUUAAGUGUUGGAUUGUUGCGACAGUUGAUGUUUUUGAUACUCUCAAGGUGAUCACAAAUACUAGAUAAUAAAAUUGUUCUUGGAAAAAUA